ACCCAAGCACGAGCAGGCAGUGGCACCAUGGCUUCUAUUUCUGAACGCACUUUCAUUGCCAUUAAGCCUGACGGGGUACAGCGGGGCUUCGUGGGAGAAAUUAUCAAGCGAUUUGAACAGAAAGGAUUCAAACUGGUGGCUAUGAAACUAAUUCAUGCCCCUGAAGACCUCCUGAGAGAACACUACAUUGACUUGAAAGACAGACCAUUCUAUGAUGGCUUAAUUGAAUAUAUGCACUCUGGUCCUGUGGUGGCCAUGGUAUGGGAAGGCUUUAAUGCCAUUAAGACUGGCAGAGUAAUGCUGGGAGAAACUAACCCUGUAGAUUCCAGACCUGGCACAAUUCGUGGAGACUUCUGCAUACAUGUUGGCAGGAAUUUAAUUCAUGGCAGUGACUCUAUAGAAAGUGCUGAGACAGAAAUUAACCUAUGGUUUGCUCCUGAAGAAGUGAUUGACUACAGAAGCUGUGAGCACCCAUGGAUCUAUAACUAAAAUUGAUGAGUUGCUUGCUUAUCCCUUCACUCCUUUGACUGUUGACCUUGAAACAAUCCCUACCUCCAUUAUCCUUUAUGGGUUUUAUCCCCUUCGAUGUACUUGUUUGCACAUUUGUGGAAAUAUUCUUCAUGUGAUUUAAAGUAUAUGUGCAAUUACUGUUUUUGUUCUGGCUGAAGAAAAUGCUUUAUUGACUGGAUUGCAUUG